AUGGAAGAAAUUUUGCUUACUUGGAGGAUGUUUGCCACCGGCGAAGAGCGUUUGGGUGAGAGAGUUAAAUCAUAUCACAAAAACAAGAAAAUCGAAUUGAUUAUUGACGCGCUGGAGCUAGAGGAGUUAAAGUUCUUAAGGAAGUCGACUUGCUAUUUUAUUAAAGAAUUUGAUAAAUGGUUUGUAUGGUAUUGCAAAGUGAUUCAUAAAGAGACUGCUGUAAGUAGAUCAAAAGAUCGUUCAAAAACUUGUCGCUAA